GCCUUCAUUUACCUUUGCCAUGGGACUUACAGCUUAACCCAUGUAUUUGACUCUACAAUCAACUCCAUCAUUUCUUGAAGCAAUCAGACCAAUUCGCUAUCAGGAUGUGGAGAACAAUAUUGAUGACGACCGUUUUUAUGUUAACUGCACAUACUACAAUCAGAGCUCAGCCAGUGACUGAUGUUACAGAAGCUACAGACUCAACAGAUGACAUCGCAACAGAUUCACUUAUUCAUGUUACGAAUGAUUCUACCGCAGACACGAUUGAUGGAUUUGCCAUAGAAAUGUCCAUGGAAUCAAUUACAAGCAGCACUGUGAAAUCUAUAACCGGAUUAACAGAUGAAUCAACCAACGGUGACCUGACAGAAUUUUCAACAUCUUUGCUGGAUGACUCUACCAUUAAUACUACAGAUCAGUCAACCAACGCACCAAAAUUUACAGCAGGAACAACAGCAUUUACUGAUGAAUUACCAAUAGAUUUCAAAGAGGACCCAUCCACAAACGUUACAGAUGAAUCAACAACAGAGGAAAUGGAACCAUCAACUUCAGGAGUUACAGAUCAAUCGACUACAACACAACCAACUACAAGAACUGUAGCUGGAUCCACCUUAGAAGAAAUAACUGUAAAUGUCACUGAUGAUACCACUGACGAAGAACUGACAACUGCAUUCACAUCAGAAAUAUCUACAAGUGUCUCAAACGAACCAACACCGUUUACAAAUGAUUCAUCAGAGGAAGAUUCAACAGAGGAAACUGAACCAUCAACUUCAGGAGUUACUGAUCAACCAACUGUGACACAAUCAACCACACAAACUAUAACUGGAUCCACCUUAGAAGAAAUAACUGUAAAUGUCACUGAUGAUACUACUGAUGAAGAACUGACAACUGCAUUCACAUCAGAAAUAUCUACAAGUGUCUCAAACGAACCAACACCGUUUACAAAUGAUUCAUCAGAGGAAGAUUCAACAGAGGAAACUGAACCAUCAACUUCAGGAGUUACUGAUCAACCAACUGUGACACAAUCAACCACACAAACUAUAACUGGAUCCACCUUAGAAGAAAUAACUGUAAAUGUCACUGAUGAUACUACUGAUGAAGAACUGACAACCGCAUUCACAUCAGAAAUAUCUACAAGUGUCUCAAACGAACCAACACCAUUUACAAAUGAUUCAUCAGAGGAAGAUUCCACAGAGGAAACUGAACCAUCAACUUCAGGAGUUACUGAUCAACCAACUGCAACACAGUCAACCACAAAAACUAUAGCUGGAUCCACCUUAGACGAAAUAACUGUAAAUGUCACUGAUGAUACUACUGAUGAAGAACUGACAACCGCAUUCACAUCAGAAAUAUCUACAAGUGUCUCAAACGAACCAACACCAUUUACAAAUGAUUCAUCAGAGGAAGAUUCCACAGAGGAAACUGAACCAUCAACUCCAGGAGUUACUGAUCAACCAACUGUGACACAAUCAACCACACAAACUAUAGCUGGAUCCACCUUAGAAGAAAUAACUGUAAAUGUCACUGAUUAUACUACUGAUGAAGAACUGACAACUGCAUUCACAUCAGAAAUAUCUACUAGUGUCUCAAACGAACCAACACCAUUUACAAAUGAUUCAUCAGAGGAAGAUUCCACAGAGGAAACUGAACCAUCAACUUCAGGAGUUACUGAUCAACCAACUGCAACACAAUCAACCACAAAAACUAUAGCUGGAUCCACCUUAGAAGAAAUAACUGUAAAUGUCACUGAUGAUACUACUGAUGAAGAACUGACAACCGCAUUCACAUCAGAAAUAUCUACAAGUGUCUCAAACGAACCAACACCAUUUACAAAUGAUUCAUCAGAGGAAGAUUCCACAGAGGAAACUGAACCAUCAACUUCAGGAGUUACAGAUCAACCAACUGCAACACAAUCAACCACAAAAACUAUAGCUGGAUCCACCUUAGAAGAAAUAACUGUAAAUGUCACUGAUGAUACUACUGAUGAAGAACUGACAACUGCAUUCACAUCAGAAAUAUCAACAAGUGUCUCAAACGAAACCAACACCAUUUACAAAUGA